CAAAUGAAAGAGUUAACCCAGUGAUCACAAAUCUCAAAAGGUUGUUGGCUUAGAUGAUUUUCAUCGUCUGCUAGGUGGUGAAAUCAUAAAUAAGAAAAAAAGAGAAGGAACUUUGUCUGGAGGUCAGAAAUAGCAAACAAGAGUACAUGUCUGCAUGCAGAUGGAUGGAGAAUAACAAUGGGCAUGGAGAUUACUUCUUUAUUAGAUGUAAUGCAAACCUAGACAGCAAAAAUGAUGACACAACAAACUUGAAGCCUGGUGAUAUAUUCCUGGUGAAGAAUUCCCGUUGUGUUGAUGAACAAUGGCAAGGUCACAUGGUGGAUGCAGCAACUGGUGACGUGGCAACAGCAACCCUAUCUCUUAUACCCAACAUGCAACUAGCCAUGCGUUCCCUGGCACGAUACAGGUGUAACAGCGUUGAAGAGGAAGAAUCAGGGAAAAGGCGUGGCUUCAAAAUAAGAGGUCAAGCUUAUGAUAGAGUGCUACCAAUGAAAGCUUCAACAAAACUCCCAGUUCACAUUAUUGGACCAGACAGUCAAGUGACAUCUGCUAUGCUGGACUUGAUCUCAGCUAAUCUAUCACAUAAAUUCUUUGUUGACACAAAUAAUAGAGAUUCAGGGAGUGCAGCUGAUGCUGGUGGGGAAAUGGAGCUUUACAGACAGGAUAGGCAUAUAGUUCAUAUUGGAAGACUGGAUCACAUGAAGUCUCGACGAUCAAUUCACUGUAUAACUGUGCUAAUUACUGUCAAUGCUGAAAUAUCAUCUGUUGAUAUAAAGAACUUGUUUGGAAGUGAACAUACCAUAGAGUGUAACAGAAAUACCAUUGUACAGUGUGAAACAAUUCGACAGAAACUUUUGGAGUCUGGACAUUACUUUGAAGAAAUCUGCAUUUCGUCAGUGCAUACAAAAGAAAAGUUAUUACGGAGUUUCAAGGAACAUAUAGAAACAGCCCAGAACCGUAUAUUAUGGUUAAGCAAUAAAGAAAUGGAUGAGCAAGUGGCUAAUACAUAUUCCACAUAUCUGGGUCACCUCUGUGAUCUGUCAAAAACAAUGGCAGAACUUAGUAGACAAAACAGCUCUGAGAAAUUUGAGGUAUCAAAAUAGAAGAGCCUCUUCUGGUUUCAUGUAUUUAGUCAGUCAUAUAGCAUUAAAAUGUCCAGUUUAGUUUUCUAAUUGAAAACUCUAGUUCCAUGUGAUUUUGCAUUUAGUUGUGUAAAAUGUUAAAUAGUUUAUCAUAAGAAAUAUAGCUAUGUUUUACUGGCUUAUCUUUAAAUAAGACAUGUUUUAGUUGCAUAUGUAAACAGUAUUUGAAAUCACAGUUUAGUUUUUGAGUAUAGCAAGAACAUGUACACUAUUCUAUAACUGGGGCAUUGUUGGACAUGUUUAGUGGCAUGAGCCUGCUUGUUCUGAGAAUGUCCACAUACCUCCACCUCCUUAGUCAUGUACUUGUAUGUAGAAUCAGCUGCAUUUCCUCUAUAUGCAGUUAUGGGCAUUCACACACAUUUUGUUAAGAUUUUCAUGUAUACAUUCAUAGAAAUCCAUGCUUUUAGACUUGAUGUUUGUGCAUAAUACAUGUAUAUAACUAAGUCAACUUAAAGGAUUACUGUAAGAACAGCUUUUAUUGAUAUUGAAUUAUGUAUACAUAUAAUGAUGAUUGCUUAUGUUUGAUUAAUUCUGUUGCCAGUUGGAGCCAUGCUUAGUUUUUUAACCAAUGUGUUCAUAAUAUUUAAACUGCACACAAUGUAUUCUACUAUCAUAAGUUUAUUAUAAAAGACUGAAAGAGAUACGAUUUUACUAUUUGUUUAUUUUAUUUUGUUUGUUUCAAUGACAUUUAUAUUGAUUCAUAUGUCAUAAAAUAAAACAAGAAUUACAACUCUCUUUUACACAAUUUUUGAGUUACUGCCCUUACUGCUCUUCAUACUUAAUAUUUUAUCUGGGGCUAACUGAAGAUGAAAUUUAGAGUUCAUGUGAUGAAGUAUGGAAGUUAAAAUACCCCUUUGUUUACAUUUUGAUACCAUUAUGACAAAUCAUUGCACAUUCAGCACUAUUUUCUUCAGGUGAUGACCCUCUAACCUGCUCUAAAACCACUUUUAAAACAUUAUAAAAUGCAUGUUUGCCCCAGAAUUAAAAUGUGUUCAUUUCUGAGGCUUAAUUUACAUUUAAAGGUUGUAUAAUGAUGGGUUUUAUCAGUAUCAAGUAAAGCUUUACUGAUUUACUCCCUCAGAAAUAGUUCCUUUAUAAAUAAAAUGGCAUGAAAAUAUGAUAAUAAAAUAAGAUUAUUGUAUAUAAAGUGUUGUACAGAAAUGUACACUGUAUAUUAUGAUGUAUGAUGAUGUUUGGUGUUAAUUACUGGUGUUCUCUAUUUUCACUGUAAAUAUGUAUUUUGUAUUUGGGGAAUGGUAAAAAAAUGUGCCAUAUGCAUCAAGUUCUUUAUAUUUAUUUAAAAAUUGCUUAAGGUCUUAAGAUUCUCAUACUUAAAUUCAAGUUCAGUUGUUGAUAUCAAAACCAUUUGCUAAUUAUGGUUCAAAAGUUUUAUGCUGUCAAAGUAAUAAUGAAGAGAGAGAAUAAUCACAAAUAUAGGAAAGCUUAUAUAUUUUAAUUUUACCCUUAAAGGGACUCCACUGAGAUUUUUUGACAUGCUGGGUCUAAAAAUAUUUUUCCGAGAUUUAGGUCUUACCUAUUAACUUUUGUGUAAAUAUUUCUCAGCUCAUUCCCUAAUCUAUUUUUUCCAGGAUUAUCAAUUUUAUAGUGAAAAGUAACCCAAAAAUGAAAAGCCUUGCAAUGCUUUUCACUCAUUCAGCUAAGAAUCACAUAAACUGAUUUUUAGUGUAAUUCUGAGUAUAUUUUUUUGUUAUCCUUUGCAGAUUUUUCCAUUUUAAGCUCUUCACUUGAUAUAUUUUUUUUAUAUUUUUUUAUGUUUUAUGCCUUUGGACCUCAGUGGAGUUUCUUUAACCUGCUUAAUUGCCCAGAUUUAAAUUUGUCUUAAAUUGAGCUCACAAAUUGAGCUAACAAUAGUGUAGAGACUGGCAAGACUGGUCUGACUAUUCUGGUGGCAAAUGACUUUUGAUUCCAGCAAUCUAAUAUUAUAUUGUGUUCCAUGUGACAUUAUUUCAUGUUGAUUGAUUAGAUUUAUUUGUAUUAUUUGUAUGGACAUAUCUAUAUUGCUUUCUACAUAUUAUUGCUUCUUGUUGAAAUAUUCAUGAUGUUUUUGGAUGAAAAUUGGAUUAUAAUAUGGCAGAUAAUCAAUGCAAUUCUAACUUAGAGGUAGUAAAAUUCCCACUGCCAAAAUUUCAAAGUUUUUUUUAUAUCUCUUCUCUUUGAUUAUUUAAAUUGAAAUGGAGUAAGUGUUGAAAUGAUAAUUGAAGAUUAUAGUCUUAAAUUUGAUAUAAUAAUCUUAUUUUGGUUUGGAAGCGCUAUUAUAUUUUCUGUUGAUUCUUGUAUCUUAGCUUGUUGUUAUACAUAUUGCAGUAUUUAUUUUGAAUUUAACUUUUUUAAUUUUAUGAUGUUUGUUAUGAAGAAUGAUAUAUUAUAGUUUAUUACAGUUUUUUUUUGUGAUUAAAUAAACAUUUGAGAAUUCAUUAUCUACUGAACAAGAUUUUUUUCAAAAGCAGUGUAUUUUUACAGGCUCAGAACAGUAAAUAAACUGAAGAUUAAUAUAGUCUACAGUUGUUAGCUCACCUGUCACAAAGUGACAUGGUAAGCUUUUGUGAUCGCUUUUUGUCCGGCUGUCGGAUGUCCGUAAACUUUUACUUUAAACGACAUCUCCUCAUAAACCGCAAAGCUAAUUUCAUCCAAACUUCACAGGAAUGUUCCUUUGGUAGUCAACUUUAAAAGUGUUCAAAAAAUUUAAUUCCAUGCAGAACUCUGGUUGCCAUGGCAACCGAAAGAAAAAACCUGAAAAAUCUUCUUUUAAAAAACCCAAAGAGCUAGAGCUAAAAUAUUUGGCAUGAGACAUUGUCUGAAGAGUGUCUACCUAGUUUGUUCAAAUAAAAGCCCUGGGGUCAAAAUUUGCCCCUCCCAGGGGGGUCAUUGAUUUUACUUAUUUAUAUAUAGUAAAAAAAUUUCCUUUACAAAACCCAAAUAGCAAGAGCUUAGAUAUUAAGCAUGAAACAUCUUCUAGUGUCUACAAAGUUUGUUCAAAUAAAAGCACUGGGGUCAAAAUAAGCCUGGCCCCAGGGGUCAUUGUUUUUCCCUUUAUGUAUAUAGUAAAAACUUAAAAAAUCUUCUUUAAAAAAUUCCUAGGAGCCAGAGCUAAGAUAUAUAGCCUGAAGCAUCUUCUAAUGGUUGUCUACCAAGUUUGUUCAAAUAAGGGCCCUGAGGUUAAAAUUGGCCCCGCCCCAGGGUCAUUGAUUUUCCUUAUAUGUGUAUAGUAAAAACUUAAAAAAUCUUCUUUUAAAUAACACAAAGAGCUAGAGUUAAGAUACUAAGCAUGAAGUACCUUCUAGUGAGCGUCUACUAAGUUUAUUCAAAUAAAAGCCCUGUGGUCAAAAUUGGCCCCGCCCGGGGGUCAUUGUUUUUCCCUAUAUGUGUAUAGUAAAAACUUAAAAAUCCUCGUUUAAAAACCCCCAAAGAGCUAGAGCUUAGAUGUACAUAUUUAUCAUGAAAUGUCUUCUAAUGGGUGUCUACUUAGAUUGUUCAAAUAAACACCCCUGGGUUAAAUUUGGCCCCGCCCCAAGGGCCUAUAUACAGGUGAGAGAUUUCAGGGCCAUCAUGGUCCUCUUGUUUUUCAACAGUUUGUUCAAGAGAACUGUCUAACAAAACAAAACAAAAAGAUUGGUUAAUUUAUCUGGUUUUGUGAAGGUUUUAUUUGCUGAUACAGAAACAAUAGUUAUCACAUCACCUUGCUUAUGUUUGUUAGAGUUAGAAUUCCAUUUGUAUUCAUCUGGAAUACAAUACAUAUGUAAUACAAACUAGAAAAGCUGUACACACAUUUGUUGAUAUAUGCCAUGUUAUCAGAUUAAAGCUAUUUUAAAAAAGUUAUUUUUAUAAUAUUUUUAUAUUCUUUACUUAAAUCCAAAUAUUCAUAUUCAGAUCUAUAUAAUUUACACAGAUAGAUGCUUCAUAUUUCUACAAUAAAAGGAUUUGAAAUUUGAGAA